CCGCCCACCCCGCCAGUAUGUCUGGGGUGCGCGCCGUGCGAAUCAGCAUCGAGUCAGCCUGCGAGAAGCAGGUCCAGGAGGUGGGCCUCGAUGGCACCGAGACGUACCUGCAGCCGCUGUCCAUGUCGCAGAAUCUGGCGCGCCUGGCCCAGCGGAUCGACUUCAGCCAGGGCUCGGGCUCUGAGGAGGAGGAGGCGGCGGGCGCCGAGGGCGAUGCGCAGGACUGGGCGGGCGCGGGGUCCAGCGCGGACCAGGACGACGAGGAGGGGUUGGUAAAAUUUCAGCCCUCUCUCUGGCCUUGGGACUCGGUGAGGAACAACCUGAGAAGUGCCCUGACGGAGAUGUGUGUUCUCUAUGAUGUUCUCAGUAUCGUUAGGGAUAAAAAGUUUAUGACUCUCGAUCCUGUCUCUCAAGAUGCACUUCCUCCAAAACAGAAUCCUCAGACCUUGCAAUUAAUAUCGAAAAAGAAGUCACUGGCUGGAGCCGCACAAAUCCUGCAAAAAAAAAAGGUGGCAGAAAGACUGACUAAAUCAGUCACGGAAAAUCAAGAGAACAAGCUACAAAGAGACUUCAACUCGGAGCUUUUGAGAUUAAGACAACACUGGAAACUUAGAAAGGUUGGAGAUAAAAUCCUUGGAGAUCUGAGCUACAGAAGUGCAGGAUCUCUCUUUCCACAUCAUGGUACAUUUGAAGUAAUAAAGAAUACAGAUAUUGAUUUGGAUAAAAAGAUACCUGAAGACUACUGUCCUCUCGAUGUCCAGAUUCCUAGUGAUUUAGAGGGAUCUGCAUAUAUCAAGGUUUCAAUUCAAAAACAGGCUCCAGAUAUAGGUGAUCUCGGCACAGUUAACCUCUUCAGACGACCUCUGCCCAAAUCUAAACCAGGUUCCCCACAUUGGCAGACAAAAUUAGAAGCAGCCCAGAACGUUCUCUUGUGUAAAGAAAUUUUUGCACAACUCUCUCGGGAGGCUGUUCAAAUUAAGUCACAGAUUCCUCACAUUGUAGUGAAAAACCAGAUUAUCUCUCAGCCCUUUCCAAACUUACAGCUAUCUAUAUCUUUGUGCCAUUCCUCAAAUGAUAAGAAAUCCCAAAAAUCUGCUACUGAGAAGCAAAGUCCAGAGGACCACCUUUAUGUCCUAGAGCAUAAUUUGCAUCUCCUGAUUAGAGAGUUUCAUAAACAGACCUUGAGUUCCGUAAUGAUGCCUCAUCCAGCAAGUGCACCUUUUGGCCACAAGAGAAUGAGACUUUCGGGUCCUCAAGCUUUUGAUAAAAAUGAAAUUAAUUCAUUACAGUCCACUGAAGGGCUUCUGGAAAAAAUAAUUAAACAAGCAAAACAUAUUUUUCUGAGGAGUAGAACUGCUGCAACCAUUGACAGCUUAGCAAGUCGCAUUGAGGACCCUCAGAUACAGGCUCAUUGGUCAAAUAUUAAUGACGUUUAUGAAUCUAGUGUGAAGGUUUUAAUCACAUCACAAGGUUACGAGCAAAUAUGCAAGUCUAUUCAGCUGCAGUUGAAUAUAGGAGUUGACCAGAUCCGGGUCGUACACAGAGAUGGAAGAGUGAUUACACUGUCUCAUCAGGAGCAGGAGCUACAGGACUUCCUUCUGUCUCAGAUGUCGCAGCAUCAGGUGCAUGCAGUCCAGCAGCUGGCCAAGGUCAUGGGCUGGCAGGUCCUGAGCUUCAGUAAUCAUGUGGGACUUGGGCCCAUAGAGAGCAUCGGCAAUGCCUCCGCCAUAACGGUGGCUUCACCGAGUGGCGACUACGCUAUUUCAGUUCGUAAUGGACCUGAAAGUGGCAGCAAGAUUAUGGUUCAAUUUCCUCGGAACCAGUGUAAAGACCUUCCAAAAAGUGAUGUUUUACAAGACAGCAAAUGGAGUCAUCUUCGUGGGCCGUUCAAAGAAGUUCAGUGGAAUAAAAUGGAAGGUCGAAACUUUGUUUAUAAAAUGGAGCUGCUUAUGUCUGCACUUAGCCCUUGUCUACUGUGAGGUUUUCCAGAACAGUUUCCAGAGUAUUUCCAGAGAGUUUCCAGAAACUUUGACUUGAGAAUGUUGGUAGAUUGACAAUAAGCACAAGGAGGAAAAAUCUUCCCCCCCAAAAAUAAUAAUGUUCGGCCAAUUUUUGCCUAGCAUUUCAACACCUUUCACUUUGUAAGUGUCAAGUGCUUUAAAAUGCAGAAGUUUAUGUACAGUCGUAGGGUAAUACAGUACAGGGAGAUAUAAAAUAAUAUCUUUUUUUUAAUGCAGUUACCUUGAAAAUGUUACAGUUAACCUAAGGAUUUGAUUCUCUUUUUAAGACAUUUCUUCGCUGAUACCGAUAACAAAUAAAAAUGUGGCUUAAAAAUCUA